AUGUGUGGUGACUUGUUGAAUAAAAUAGGUCUUUUUCUUGAAAAAAAUGUAUUUUCUCAAUCAACUGUUGAGCUGGAGAUAAAAGAUAGAGAUAUUGAUAUUAAAGAUCUUGAAACCAAAGUAUCUUUGGAAGAAGAGAUCUAUCAAGAUAAGAAACUUAUUGAAAUUUAUGAACAGAGAAAAAGAGACAAUAAAGAGGGUUUAAAGGCUCUAAAAAGGUUAAAAGAGGGGGAUAAAGUAUGGGUUAAUGUAGAUAAUCUUUUUAUGAGGCAAAAAGUUAAAGAAACACUUCAAUGUAUAAAAGAAGAUGAUGAAUAUUUGGAAUCAGAAACCAAAAAAGUAAAGGAAAGGUUAUUUUGUUUAUCUGAAAAACUUGAAGUUUUAAAGAAUAGAAAAUGA